AUGUCAGUCAUAACUGUUACUCGGCCUAAUAAUAUUAGUGUACGAUUUACAUUUAAUAAUAGUUUACUCGCAGUCACAAUGAAACAGGGUGAUUUAUCCAAAGAAGAGUGCGCUGCCAUUGUUAAUUCGACAAAUAAUAAUAUGAAGCCCGAUGGUGGCCUAGAUAGCGUUCUACAUAGGGCCGGAGGACAUUUUUAUACAAAUCAAGUAAUGACAAUGAGUAACCGUUUCAAAGGAAACUCAUGUCCAACAGGCCAGUCACGUAUAUUUCUUAGUGAGAUUGGUAAUAAAACACCAUUCAUUAUUAAUACUGUUGGACCUAUUUAUUCAGCCACUGAAUAUCAAAAAUCUUCUCUUGACUUAAUAUCAUGUUAUUAUACGUCACUCAGUUUGGCGAAUUUAUACGGAUUAGAUUCAAUAGCUUACUCGGCUAUUUCUUGUGGUGUACAUGGAUAUCCUACGGACCAAGCUGCGAGAAUCGCAUUUGACUCCAUACAGAAAUAUGCAUUUAAUGUCCGAGACAUUCGAUUCGUUUUAUAUGACCCAAAUAUUUACAACAUGUUCGUUAAUGAAUGGUGUAAAAUUUCGGAAGAACUAAACCGUCCAUCAUUCAUACCAAUGCCUACACCAGUGCUACCGAGAUCAAAUAGUGAAAUAAACGCCGAUCAAUCACGAACACUGUCAUCGCAACAGAAACAAGAGAUACUUUCAAAAAGGCUAGCUCUAUCCGAAAAUGCCUCUACUUACAAUGCUUCUACUGCUCGUUCGUCAACGUCAACUUCGACAAUUGUUUCGCGGUACGCAACGGUACCCACUGGAAAUCAAAUAGAAGACAUGAAUUACACCAGUAAUGAGGUUCCCGUUAUAAAACAAUCAACAUUAUCAUGUGCAUUGUGUUCUAGAUGUACUGUCAAUGUGUUAUGUGAUGAAUGCUCAACAUUAAAACGAGGUGGUGUAUUCGCUUGCAUCCUACAAAGGUUGAAACGAGCGGCGGAUCAUGAUCUUGAAAGUUUAGAAAAUGAAUGUAAUGCAAUGAUACCGGUACUAGAUUUAUAUCCACUAACAUUUAAUCCAGCAAAACUUUUCGAUCCGAAGAAUACACAAUAUCAAAGAGAUCCCAUAGGUGAACAUUAUCUCCAAACAUAUUGUGGUAAAGCAUGGCGAACAUAUCUGCCUGUCGAGAUUGCCGGUGACGGAAAUUGUUUUUAUAAUAGUUUUAUUACUUUAUCACCAUCGUCAAACAUGACGGCGAUCGAGUUGAGAGCACGUAAUGUGAUUGAAUUAGUUAAAAACUCUUCAAUCUAUCAAAAACACUAUCAGGAUUUAUCAUCGUGUUUGGAUAAUUUUGAAAAUUAUGUUACCAAAGAAAUGGUGAGUGAUAUGAUGUAUUCAUCAUUGUGGGAUAUCCUCAGUCUUACUAAUGUACUCCAAAUUAGUCUUGAAAUAGUUUAUCCGAGAGUCAAUGGUGGAAACGAUCAAUAUGCUGAGCGUUUGAAUAGAAAAUUCUUAAUGAUAAACAAUGGACAGUCAAACCAUGACAUCGUACUAUUGUGGUCAUCUUACAACAAGCUAUCUGCUGUCCGACCAUGGAUGCCAAAUCAUUUCGUUCCACUAUUGUCAUUACCAUACGGCGUAAUCAAAGAAAAAUGUGACGUUAUUGUGAAUCCAUCAAAUGAACAGUUAAAAGCUGAUGGAUCUGUGGAUAAAGCUUUACAUACUGUAGCUGGACAAUUUUAUACAUCUCAAGUCAAUACGCUUUGUGGACGUUAUACUGACAGUAUACCAUGUCCCGUUGGACGAUCACGAAUAUUUCUCGCUGAGUCGAAUUUUACAACACCGUUUAUUAUCAACACAGUAGGACCAGUUUAUUCAAUAGAACAAUCAGAACAAUCCGUUGAACAAUUAAAAUCAUGUUAUCGAACUUCGCUUAAUUUGUCGAAUUUAUAUGAUUUAAAAUCUAUAGCAUAUCCGGCUAUCUCCUGUGGACUAAAUGGUUAUCCUGUUGAUGAAGCAGCGAAACUUGCUUUUGAAUUUAUACCGAAAUAUGCUGAUAAUAUUAAAGACAUACGCUUUGUUCUCUUUGAACCAAAAAUUUAUGACGUAUUUGUUCGCGAGUGGUGUUUAUUAGCGGAAGAAGAAAAUCGUACAAAUGAUGUAGAAAGAACCGUGAUAAUUUCCACUGACAGUAACAAUGUACAGUCUGAUAACAGUUCUACAAAACCAGAGGAAAGCGUUGCAACACAAGACGACCAUGAGAAGGAAACAUCCUUGACAAUGCCUAAUGAUCGUACAACAACGUGUAACAACGAAAUGAUUAGUAAACAAAAGCCACAGACAAAAUUCAAAUUAAUACCAGAUUUUCCGAUAUGUGAUACUAACAAUGCAUGUAGCGAUAUCAACCUAACGGACAAAUUAAUGGCAAAUGCCAUACGUCAAAUGGAUUUAGUUACGGCUACAUCUAUGUGUAAAGUUUGUCAAGAAUCAAAUUUAUCCUUUAAAUCAACGUUGCUGUGUGAUAAUUGCAUUGCUUUGAAUCGCAAUGAUUUAUUUGAAAAAAUUUUAAAUCGCCUUAAACAAUCGACGGUGAAUGGACUGUCUUCCGUUCAAAUAGAAUGUGAGAAAAUGAGUACAAUUAUCAAUCUAUAUAAAUUCUUAUAUAAACCGGUGAAAACAUUUGACCAAAUCAAUUAUCGAGUGGAUCACGUAGCAAAAUAUUAUUUACAGAAAUAUUGUUUGAAUGAUUAUGAAAAUUAUCGACCAGUAACUGUUGAGGGAAAUGGGAACACUAGUUUAUAUAAUAGUCUAGUGAUAUUAUCACCACUUCUGAUUGAUUCUAUAACAGAGAUACGCGUUCGAAAUAUUGUUGAAUUGGCACAAAAUUUAGAUACUUACCAAAGACAAUAUCGAGACGUAUCCAGUACUUUAGAAUAUUAUCUUGUUAAUAAGAUGCUUAAUGAUAGUAAUGAAUUAAGUAUAUGGGAUCUAGUAGGCAUUGGUAAAAUACUCAAAAUUCACAUACGUUCAAUUUAUCCAUCAGUAAAUGAUGGCGAAAACAAUGAUGAACAAGUGAAAAGUUUAAAUAGAACAUUCACAAACAUCAAUAACACAAAGCAUCAGAUAACAUUAUUAUGGUCACACGAUUUAAAACCAAACGAGACAAAGAAACCUUGGAUAGCAAAUCGUCUGGUACCAUUAUUAUCCAUCGACUAG